CCAUGGGGAACCGCAGCGCCGCGGACGCCGGGGGGCUCCUGGCGGGACGCGGGCCCGGGGGCGCGGGGGCCCCGGCGGCGCUGGCGGGGGGCGUCCUGCUCAUCGGGGCCGUGCUGGCCGGGAACUCGCUCGUGUGCGUGAGCGUGGCCUCGGAGCGCGCCCUGCAGACGCCCACCAACUACUUCGUGGUGAGCCUGGCGGCCGCCGACCUGCUCCUCGCCCUGCUGGUGCUGCCGCUCUUCGUCUACUCCGAGGUCCAGGGCGGAGUGUGGCUGCUGAGUCCGCGCCUCUGCGACGCGCUCAUGGCCAUGGACGUCAUGCUGUGCACCGCCUCCAUCUUCAACCUGUGCGCCAUCAGCGUGGACAGGUUCGUGGCGGUGGCCGUGCCCCUGCGCUACAGCCGCCUGGGACGGCGCCAGCUGCUGCUCAUCGCGGCCACGUGGCUGCUCUCGGCGGCGGUGGCGGCGCCCGUGCUGUGCGGCCUCAACGACGUGCGCGGCCGGGACCCCGCGGUGUGCCGCCUGGAGGACCGCGACUACGUGGUCUACUCGUCCGUGUGCUCCUUCUUCCUGCCCUGCCCGCUCAUGCUGCUGCUCUACUGGGCCACCUUCCGCGGCCUGCGGCGCUGGGGCGCGGCCCGGCGCGCCAAGCUGCACGGCCGCGCGCCCCGCCGGCCCAGCGGCCCGGGCCCCCCGCAGAACGCCCGCGCCCCGGAGGGCCCGCCCCCAGCCCCGGGCCUCCCCGAGCGCCGGUCCCCGGAGCCGGGCCUCCCCGAGGGGCCCCGCUGCUCCGAAGACCCGGCCCCGGACGCCCACCCCGAGGCGGCGCUCCCGCACGAGCCCCCGCGGCCUGCCUGGCGGAGGAGCCGCCCCAAGAUCACGGGCCGGGAGCGCAAGGCCAUGAGGGUGCUGCCCGUGGUCGUCGGCGUCUUCCUGGUGUGCUGGACGCCCUUCUUCGUGGUGCACAUCACGCGGGCGCUGUGCCCUUCCUGCUCUGUCCCUCCGCGCCUGGUCAGCGCAGUCACCUGGCUGGGCUACGUCAACAGCGCCCUCAACCCGCUUAUUUACACCGUCUUCAACGCUGAGUUCCGCCACGUCUUCCGGAAGGCCCUGCGCCCCUGCCGCUGAGCCGCCGGGGCCCGCGGGGGCGGGGGGGCCGGAGCAGCG